AUGAUCUUUAGUGAUACUUCUUGUACUUCAUCAGAUCCAACUGCAGGAGCCUCUGCAACCGAACAAACCACAUGGUGUCUGGAUGAAAGUACGCUUCACGAGAACAUUCGGAAGAUCCUUAUCAAGAUGUGUGUUCCAUCCCCGAUGGUGUUCAGUGACGUUAAUUAUUUGUCAUCCACAGCUCCACCAGCAGCAGCUGAGUGGUCAAGUUUACUUAGACCUUUACGAGGUCGAGAACCAGAAGGGAUGUGGAACCUACUUUUGAUAGUUCGAGAAAUGUUCCGUCGAAGUGAUCGCAAUGCUAUCCCUUUACUCCAGAUUCUAACUGAAGAAGUGUUAUCAUGUGACCAGAUAGUUGUAUGGUGGUUCAACACAAAAGUUUCACUUCACAUUGGAUGCAGUGGAUAUGGAAGUCGAGGUAGUGUAAACAGUAAUACCCAUGCUUCUCAACAUGCUUGUAGUAGCUUAUGUGAUGAAGUAGUUAUUCUUUGGAGACUCACUGGUCUGAACCCUGCACUGUCGCCCCUAGAACGACAGAACUUGUUUUCUCAGUUACAUGAAUGGCACUUGAAAACUUUAGAAAGGGUGUGGAAGAUGAGAAACAACAGUGGAAGUGGAGCAAGUGGCACCAAACGGUCUGAUAUUGAUGUCUUUCCCGGCUUUAAACCAGCAAUGGAAGCGUGUCUGUUGGACUGGAGUGACUAUCCCAUCGAAGGGGUAACGUACACAGGAAAGGGUGCUGGUCGUUGGUACGUUCCAUAUACUCAAGGUCGAGCAUUGGAUCACUCUGUUUCUUGCAUGAUUACCAAACCAACGGAAUCAUGCCAUACCGUUAACAGAAGGGGACGCCCAGUGGACGUAAGUUCAUGUGUCGAGGGCCGCAGACUGGCUCCUCCAGGUCAUCAUUGCUUACAGACUUUAGUGCAUACGUGCACUGAAAGCAACCGAAGUUCCCUAAGUAGUGAGGGAUUUUGUGAGAAUGAACCAGAACCAAUGGAAAGCUGUACCCAGUUUAUUGGCACUGUGGCAUCAGAUAUCAAAUGUUCAGCUGCUCUAAAUAUUCAGCCACAUUAUUCUAUAUGUCAGAACAUCUUUAGUGAUUCAAAUGAUAAUUUAAUACUUCAGUCUCCCAAAGAAGCUUCCAGCAAGAAAGACAAUCACCGUGCAAAUGGUAUAUCUAAGAUAAAUGAAGAAUUUUCAAAUCUCACAUUAAAACGUAAUGUUGCACACAAAGGUGAUGGAAAUUCAAAUCCACCUGAAUUUUGUCUUGCCAGUGAGCUAGGAAAGUCCUCUCCAGAAGAAGACUCUGAUUGGUCAAAUCUUCAAGACAGCUGUGAUGCUGGGAAACCAAGAAAUUCAAG